CAACACAAAAAGAAGAAAGAAAAAAAAAAACACAAAAACCGGUCGACAAGGCGCACAUAGGUGAAGGAAGGAAGGCACUGGCACAGGCACAGGAAGUGCACAGGAAACUCUGCAAAAGUGCAACAGCUGCACACACAUACACAUACACACUCACACUCACACACAAACAGACACUUACACGCAGACACAAAAGCAAUUCAAUCCCAUGCCCAUGCCAAAUCCAAAGCCCAGUUUCAGGCCAAAGUGAGACAGUUCUGGAGCGUUGCAAGAAGAAUGUGUAGUGCAGUGUACAUAAGGCAGCUUCAAGUGGCAACAACAACAACAACAACAACAAACACAACCGGAUAAUAAGCGUAAAAACCAAAGUCCUGAGUGUUGACAGCAUAGAACGGCAUAGAGAGUGUGUAGUGAGUGUAGCUGGAUGCCAACUGAAUGUGGCCAACUAGCUUAACCAAGGCACAGCGACAGACGUAGAGUACAUAAAACAAAAGAAUUUAAAACGAACUGCAAUAAGAACCGAAUUCGGAAUUCCAAAACCAAAACCAAAAUCGAAUCGAAAUCUAAAUUGGAAGUGUCUACAGCAGCAGCAACAGCAGCCGCAAUUGCAGCCAGUGACGUCACGGUGCGGUUAAGUAGGACAUUGCCGCAUUUUUUUUCGUUUCAUUAACUCAGCUAGUAUUCCACGGUCGCCUUGCGCAUCCGCACUCGCGUAUUAUCCGCGUAUCCGAGUAUCCGUGUGCGUUCGCCGUGCAUCUCUGCAUCCGCGUCAUGGCCUUCACUAGCCUCAGCCCCCAAUCAUUGGGUGCCAUCGCGAUGCUCGUGCUGUCGCUGCACUUGUCCAAUGCAAACGUCAUCGAUCGACUUGUGGUACAGACAUCAUCGGGACCCGUGCGCGGUCGCUCGGUAACGGUCCAGGGGCGUGAGGUUCACGUAUAUACGGGCAUACCGUAUGCCAAGCCGCCCGUCGACGACCUGCGCUUUCGCAAGCCGGUUCCGGCGGAACCCUGGCACGGUGUAUUGGAUGCCACGCGUCUGUCGGCGACCUGCGUGCAAGAGCGUUAUGAAUACUUUCCUGGAUUUUCGGGCGAAGAAAUAUGGAAUCCAAAUACCAAUGUAUCAGAAGAUUGCCUCUAUAUAAACGUUUGGGCACCGGCCAAGGCACGUUUGCGUCAUGGACGCGGAGCCAAUGGUGGCGAGCAUUCGGGCAACAAGCAGGGCGAUACGGACCAUCUCAUUCAUAAUGGCAAUCCGCAGAAUAUCACCAAUGGGUUACCCAUAUUGAUUUGGAUCUAUGGUGGCGGAUUUAUGACCGGCUCGGCCACUCUGGAUAUCUACAAUGCCGACAUUAUGGCAGCUGUGGGCAAUGUGAUUGUGGCCUCGUUUCAGUAUCGUGUGGGUGCAUUUGGUUUUCUGCACUUGUCCCCCGAAAUGCCCGAUGAAUUUAGCGAGGAGGCGCCAGGCAACGUUGGUCUCUGGGAUCAGGCACUGGCCAUACGUUGGAUUAAGGAUAAUGCCCAUGCAUUUGGCGGCAAUCCCGAAUGGAUGACACUGUUUGGUGAAUCGGCCGGUUCGAGUUCGGUGAAUGCACAGCUCAUGUCGCCGGUUACAAGGGGCGUGGUUAAACGUGGCAUGAUGCAGUCGGGCACCAUGAAUGCACCUUGGAGCCACAUGACUUCCGAAAAGGCAGUUGAGAUUGGCAAAGCGCUCAUCAAUGACUGCAACUGCAAUGCAUCUAUGCUAAAGACCAAUCCUUCUCAUGUGAUGAGCUGUAUGCGUGCCGUGGAUGCCAAGACUAUAUCGGUGCAGCAAUGGAACUCGUACUCAGGAAUACUCAGUUUCCCGUCGGCGCCAACCAUAGAUGGUGCAUUUUUGCCAGCUGAUCCCAUGACUCUAAUGAAGACGGCCGAUCUCAAGGAUUACGAUAUCCUCAUGGGCAAUGUGAGGGAUGAGGGCACAUACUUUUUGCUGUACGAUUUCAUCGAUUACUUCGAUAAGGACGAUGCCACCGCCUUGCCGCGUGACAAGUAUCUGGAAAUUAUGAACAACAUUUUUGGCAAGGCAACGCAGGCAGAACGCGAGGCCAUAAUAUUUCAGUAUACCAGCUGGGAGGGCAAUCCAGGCUAUCAAAAUCAACAGCAAAUUGGACGCGCUGUGGGCGAUCAUUUCUUUACAUGCCCCACCAAUGAGUAUGCCCAAGCUUUGGCCGAGCGAGGCGCCUCCGUGCACUAUUAUUACUUUACACACCGCACAAGCACCUCGCUGUGGGGCGAAUGGAUGGGCGUUCUGCACGGCGAUGAGAUUGAGUACUUCUUUGGCCAGCCGCUAAACACAUCUCUGCAGUAUCGACCUGUGGAGCGUGAGCUGGGCAAGCGUAUGCUUAAUUCGGUCAUCGAAUUCGCCAAGACCGGCAAUCCCGCACAGGAUGGCGAAGAAUGGCCAAACUUUUCCAAGGAGGAUCCUGUCUAUUACAUCUUUAGUACAGAUGAUAAAAUCGAAAAACUGGCACGUGGUCCUUUAGCGGCCCGUUGUUCAUUCUGGAACGACUAUUUGCCCAAAGUCAGGAGUUGGACCGCAUUUGCUCAGCAGAUAACUUACGUGGCCGCAUCGGCGUUUGUUUAUAUAAAAACCUGGUUAAUCAGUGGCUAAAAAAUGCAUAACAUUUUUAAUCCAUCCAUCAACGAAAUGAAGUGAACAACACCAACAACAACAACUACAAAACAAACAACAAUAACAAUUUUCUUAACUAACAUUAUUCUUCCACAAAAUUCCAUGCAAAGCAACAGAAAGUCUGAAUUGUAAAACGACCAGAGAGGAUUGGAGAGGACAAGGAACAUGAAAUCGAUGAGAUUUUAUUUUUAUAGAGAAAGCGACAAUAAACAGCCAAGCAUAGAAAUUAGGCUAUUAUAUCUGAGAAUUAUAUAUAUAGCUACUAAUUGAAAUGUGCCAUUUGAAUAAUUGUACGAAUUUAAGAAGGCUUGAGUCUAGAUAGUAUUUUUGUAUGUUAACGGCAAAAGCCUAGCUAGCCGUCUGGUUAAACGAGUUGAGAGCAGAGUGCUGGACACCCUCACAACAAUAACACACAUACACAGAGACACACACACUUAAACAAAGGAAUAACUUUUUAACAAAUUACUUAGAUUAAGAGAUUUACUCAUUCACUGGAACCAGAAACCUGUACUUAUU